AUGACUGCGAACGAACCUAUCUGUCCAAACGGGGAAAAGAAUGAUUGGUGCUGUGAUCGAAUUGCAGCACCAUGGGGCCCCGAUACGUCUGGACCGGAUGCAGAGUGGAUGUUCCGCAAAGAGUUUGAAGUGAAAAAUUUUAUUCGUGCCAAUUUGGUCAUCACUGCUCAAGGUGUGUACGAGGCGGAGAUCAAUACCCAAGUCGUGGGUGACCACUUCAUGGCCCCAGGAUGGACAUCUUAUGACCGUCGACUCCAAUAUCAAACAUACGACGUCACAACUCGGCUUCUGGAUGGUCGCAACUGUAUUGGCGUCCGUGUUGCUGAGGGCUGGUUCUGCGGACGUAUUGGCUUUGAAGGUGGCCAUCGAAAUAUUUGGGGGCCUCAUCCCGCAUUAAUCGCGCAGCUCGAAAUCCACCACUCAGACAACACGGUUGAAAUCAUACCUACCGACCCCACUUGGGUUGUUCAACGAGGCCCAAUUCAAUUGGCAGAAAUAUACAAUGGCGAGAAAUACGAUGCUACUCAAGAGGUUCCUUAUUGGUCGACGAUCGUACCGGAAGGAGCUAUCGAUAAUUGUCAUGCUUGGGAGCCUGUUUGUUGCAUGCCACCUUUACCAACGAUAAUCAAGCUUACAUCAGGAUUUGGCGAGCCUGCGAGACGCAUCGAUAUUAUCAAACCUAUCCAACAAUUGCUUUCUCCCACAGGAAAAUCUAUCAUUGACUUCGGUCAAAAUUUGGUCGGAUACGUUAGGCUGAGACAGAUCAAAGGAUCCCGCGGUUCUAAAAUUGUCCUGUCCCAUGCCGAGGUUUUAGAAAAUGAAGAGAUUUGCACCAGUCCACUUCGUCAAUGUGACGCGGUCGACGAAUACAUCCUGAAGGGAGACCAGGCUGGAGAGAAAUACGAGCCACGAUUUACGUUCCACGGAUUUCGAUAUGUCCAGGUUGACGGAUGGACCAGUGACUCAAACUUAAUCGAGUCUGUCGAGGCAGUUGUAUGCCACACAGAUAUGAAACAGAUCGGCUCAUUUUCAUGUUCGGAUAAAUUGGUCAACCAGCUGUACCAUAACAUUCUCUGGGGAGUGAAGGGGAAUUUUCUAUCAGUGCCGACUGACUGUCCUCAACGCGACGAGCGCCUUGGUUGGUCCGGAGACCUGGCACUUUUUGCUCCGACAGCAGUUCUUCUAUUCGACUGCUAUGAGUUUCUCCGAAACUGGCUUGUCGAUGUGUGGUAUGAUCAGCAAAGCCUUGAUGGAGUCCCUGCCAUGGUCACGCCUAACGCAACACUCCCAGACCCAGUCUGGUGUCGUCGAAAGCCUUGUGCAAUUUGGCAUGAUGUUACCAUUCUGGCACCAUGGGCAUUGUAUGAGGAGACUGGCAAGGUGGAAAUCUUGGAACAGCAAUAUGAGAGCAUGAAGACAUGGAUGCAGAAACUCCCUAGAAAUAGGACAGGUUGCACUCAUCUCUGGGACGUCGGGAUAUUCCAACUUGGGGAUUGGCUAGAUCCAGACGCUCCCCCUGACGCACCCUGGAAAGGGAAAACAGACGCACAGCUGGUGGCCAAUGCGUUCUUGAUCCAUAGCUUAGAACUAAUGACUCAAAUCACACGUCUUCUCCGAAAGAACGAAGAGAAACUCGGGUACGAGAAAGAGCUGAAUGCAGCUAGAAAGGAGUUUCAGGAGGAAUACGUGACCUGCAAUGGCCGCCUUGUGUCCGACAGCCAAGCAGCUUACGCCAUCGCCAUAUGUUUUGGAUUGCUGACGCCCACACAGCAAGAAAGAGCUGGAAAUCGUCUGGUCUAUCUGGUGCGUAAGAACAACUUUUGCAUCGGCACAGGUUUCGCUGGGACUCCAUUUUUGUGUGAAGCUCUUGCCUUAUCUGGACAUAUUCAAAUUGCCUACGCCAUGCUGCUCACCAAGGAAUGUCCCUCGUGGUUGUACCCAGUAUCUAUGGGCGCUACUACCGUGUGGGAGAGGUGGGAUAGUAUGUUGCCCGAUGGAUCAAUCAACCCUGGCAAGAUGACCUCUUUCAACCAUUAUGCGUUUGGUUCAAUUGCGAAGUUCUUACUUGAGAGAUUGGCAGGUCUGCAAAGGAUUGAGCCUGGAUGGAAAAAAUGUCGAAUCGCACCCUGUCUCGGAGCGGACUUUUCGGGGGCUUCCGCUUCUCAUGAGACUCCCAUGGGCCUUGUGUCUUGUUCCUGGAAUAUUACUCGUUCCGACGACAAGCAAAGUCAUUUGGAGGUUGAAGUUACAGUUCCACCCGGCAUAAAUUGUGAGAUUGUUAUACCAGAGGGGGUGGGGGAAUUAAAGAAGACGGUAUCUCAAGGUAAAUGGACCUUUGAUACUUUCUUCGCAAGAAAGUACGAGUGGCCCAUGAAGCCCUUGCCUGCCAAGUCUUGA